UUUUGCCAUAAGUUUAAAGCAUCACAAAGUUAGCUUAGGUUUGCUUCUUGUACUGUACACAAUAUGUGUUUCUUUCAACCAUAUAUUGAGUUAUUUUGGUCUAUGCCUGCUGGACAGUCCUUAGAAGAGAUUUUACAGCAAUUUAAUUAACUGGGAACUUCUUACAUUUUUAUUAUGAACGUAGGUUUUUUUACUCGUUCUUUUCCACUACCUACACCUACUUUGUGGUAGAAGAAUGAGUAUUUUUUGUUUGUUUUUUCAGUUUUGAAUAAUAUUGUAGUUAUUUGUACUGUACCUGCUAUUUUACCAUCAAUUUUGACUAUCCUUUCCAAGAGUUUUAUUGUUCUACUGUAUGUGUUUGUCACAACUUAUUUAGUUAGAUAUUAACCCUGUGCAUCAUAAAGUAACUGAAAUACCAACGAUUAAGAGUGUACCUGAAAAGUGCCUCCCAGGAAUUUUUAUGCUCUCUACUCUAUUAUAUGUUGUAUACCUCUACUUUUUUGGUAUCUUUACUGUUUUUGUUGUUUUUUUGCAGUGGCUGAAUGUAGCCCAGUUUCAUAAGAUGAAUUUUCUUUGUUCAAAAAUCAGUACUAUUGUCAAGCAAAACCCUGUAACAUUUUAUGUUAAUACUGUACUAAUUAUAAGGUGAGCUCUCUCGUUCUUCAAGAGCUUGAAGUGGCACUAAAACAAGGAUAUUUGAUUAUAUUUUUUAAUACAAUAUAGUCCAUUAAAUAUUUUUUGAGCUGCCUCCCUCAAAGUCGAAAUGGAACCUCUUUACGCAACUCGAGUGUCCCCUGGGAGAGUCUGGGGCGGGUCCGGUUCUAACAAUGUGUGUCUGUCGCCAGAUGAGGGGUGCGCCGAGCGCGACGGGCUCCGUGAGGACUACAAGCCCAUGGUCUGGUUCGCAAAUCUCGCUUUGCAGCAGGCUUCGGGCCAGCUGGCCGGGGGGCCGUCGGGAGCAGGGGUGGCGCGAGGGCUGCACGCGGCGCCCGCCCCCGUCGGCCAGCCCGCCCCGGCCUUGCGGAAGGGCGUCGCCGCCCCCGCCCCCGCCUCGGCUGCCUCUGACGGUCCGAAGCGGGCCAAGUUCCCGUGCCCAGACUGCGGCAAGGGGUUUGGCUGGCGCGGCACGCUGUUCCGCCACCGCUACAUGGAGUGUCAGCAGCCGGCCGCGCUGCCCUGCCCCAAGUGCCCGCAGCGCUUCAAGCACGAGUGGUACUUGCGGCAGCACCUCAGCCGCGCGCACCGGACCUGAGCGCACCGCCCAGGUAGGCCGUGCAGACCAGCGAAGGGCAUUCUCUAACGUCCUCGAGGUGGUCUUCACGCCAUAUGUACUUCACUCGGCAAUAAAGCAUUCAGAAUCCCUUAAAGCAGUGGUCUCUCUCCUCUCCGACCGCUCGCCACCGGGGGCUACGCCUACACGCCAACAGACGCAGACCCCGUCGCUUGAUCUCUCCUGCGCCGUGCUAACUCUUGGCCUCCUUGUGCAGAUGACGACGACCUGAUGCUGCCGCUCGCGCUGGGCCGGCUGGGCCGCACGCGCGCGCGCACGCGGCGCGACCCGAGCAAGGCGCGGCCGUACCGCUGCGUGCAGUGCAACGCCAGCUUCAUGCAGAAGCACCACCUCAAGCGGCACAUGGCGGGCCACGGCGUGCGCCGGCCCUACCAGUGCGGCCAGUGCUCCGCCAGCUUCGCCAUCCGCGACAACCUGAACCGCCACCUGCAGACGCACAGCGGGCAGCGGCCCUUCCAGUGCGAGACGUGCGGCAGCAGCUUCCGGCGCCGCGAGCACCUGCUCACGCACCGCCGCACGCACGAGGGCACGCUGCCCUGGACCUGCGGCGUGUGCGGCGCCAACUUCAAGCACCUGUACCUGCUGCAGGCGCACCAGGCGUCGCGCCACCCGUCCGACCCGGAGCAGGUCGCCGCCGAGGACCCCUUCAAGUGCCCGUACUGCGACGCCUCGUUCCGCACGGCGCACACGCACUCGCGCCACGUGCGCACCCACGAGCCGCAGGUGUAACAACUGAUUAUCGACAACAGUUUUUGGAGUCAGGCACCUGUUUUCUUCGAUGUCUUCGUACCUUUGAUCUGAUUGAACAUGGGAUGUGUGUCAUGCCUUUCUAAUUGCCUGUAAGUUAGUAACUCGUAAUAUAUUAUCGACAAUUGUUAUUUAACCAUUUUAUUUAUUUGCCCUGUUAAAGGUGUAAAAGUUUAUCACUUAAAAAUAUGUAGCUUCAUCGGUUGUUUUUAGCAGAUGAUACCUUACUUCUAGAAUCUUACAAAGACUUUUUUUUUGUCUGUGUGUAUUUUUGAAAACUACUUCAGACAAACACAUUCCUUAUAAGUUGUUGUGGAUGAAUAAAAAUCAAUUCAUCUUGA